AUGGCUUCAUCAUUUCAUGUCUUUCUUUCAUUGCAGUGCUUGAUUACCUUACUGACUAUUGGCGCUUUUUCUGCGUCUGAUAAGGACGCUAUCUCCAACGAAUCCGACCUUGUUAUCUAUGGCAACACAGUCGCUGCAUUGGCAGCUGCCAUUCAAACAGUUCGUAUGAACAAAACAGUGGCGCUGGUCUUUCCCGGAAAACGAAUUGGCGGUCUCACCACAUCGGGCCUGGGCUGGACCGACUCGAAAGAUGGCAGCACGAUUGGCGGCAUUGCGAGGGAAUUUUACAGUAAAGUUUACGACUACUAUGAUAAUGACGAUGCCUGGACACUCGAGACCCGCGACGACUACAUCGCCAAAAACAUACAAGCACAACCUGGUCCAGCCAUUGACGACAAAGUCCAAUGGACCUUCGAGCCCAAAGUCGCAGAGGAGAUAUGGGAGUCUUGGAUCAAGGAGGAGAAAAUACCCGUCUUCCGAGAAGAAGCCAUUGUCCGUACCAGCAGCGGUGUGUCUAAAGAAGGAGCUAAGAUCAAAUCGUUCCAAACGCUUUCUGGGUCGAAUUUCUCAGGAAAGAUGUUUAUCGAUGCUGGGUAUGAGGGCGAUUUAAUGGAGACGGCAGGCGUCUCGAAUCGUGUUGGGCGUGAAGAUAAGCAGGAAUACGACGAAUGGGCAGCUGGGUUCCAUCUUAAUGGACCGAACUUGCUUACCACCAUCGAUCCAUAUAUCAAAAAAGAGAAUCGCGACAGCGGCUUUAUCUCAGGCGUGGGACGGGAUCUCAGCCGGUCUAUCGCUGAAGAAUCCCGCGGAAAGAAAGAUCAUCGCCUGCAAGCUUUCAACUACCGACUAUCUUUAACAAGACAGGAGGAUAACAAAGUCAACUUCACCAAACCAACUGGCUACAACACAUCCGACUACAAAAUUCUUUUCCGCUACAUCGAUGCAGGCUAUACCGGACCCUUCUUCACCAAACAGCUCAUGCCGAACUGCAAAACCGAUACCAACGCAGCCGGCCAAGUCAGUACCGAUCUCAUCAGCGGGAGCUACAACAAGACAUCUAAUUACGCCGAGUAUUCUUACGAAGAACGAAAAAGUGCUGCUCAUAGGCACAAAGUCUGGGCGCAGGGGCUGCUUUGGACACUAGCAAAUCACAAAGACAUACCGGAAGUUAUUCGCGAAGAAGUCAGUGCUUGGGGCUAUGCUAAAGAUGAAUGGAAGAGCAAUGACCACUGGCCGUAUGAAAUCUACAUACGUGAGGCUAGACGCAUGGACGGUGUGUAUACCAUGACACAAGCCGACAUUCAGACACCCAAGCCCUAUGACAAUGACACGGUUGUCGCGGUGGGCUACUACACUCUCGAUGUGCAUCAGGUGGAACGCGUUAUCAUAGAUGAUCGCAUUUUUGACGAAGGCCUGAUACACGUUCCAAACCCUGGCCCGUUCAGUGUUCCAUAUGGAUCGAUUAUCCCCAAGAAAGAGGACGCCACCAACUUCCUCAAUCCUGUAACCAUGAGUGCUUCGCAUAUAGCACUGUCCGCCAUACGCAUGGAGCCAGUCUAUAUGAUCCUUGGGCAGAGUGCCGCAACAGCGGCUGUUCUCGCGAUUGAGGACAACGCUAGUGUGCAAGAUGUCGAUCGUAAGAAGCUGGCGGACAGGCUGUCAGAUGAUGCUCAGGUUCUGGAUUCUUUGUCAACAAGACUAAAACCAUGUCUUCACUGGCUUCUGGCUAUUUCCAUCUUCUGUCUUUAUCAUCUAAUUUUGUAG